UGGAAGUUUUAAAAUCUAAACCAAAAAUGGAUCUUGUUUAACAUGUUUUCUACACUGGUGUCUAAGAUGUUAACUAACACAGUUUUGGCACAAUUUUGGAACCAACUGCACUAUAUUUUUGCUUGCAAUUAUCUUAACAGUAAAUGUUGGCAAAAAUGUAAGAUGCAUUAGAAGCUUUAUCAUUAUGCCAUGGGGGCAAAUAAAGUUUUUAAUUGGUAUUUAAAUUAGGAUUUUUAUUUUUUUAUUUAUUUUUUAAAGUUUGGCUUGGUUAUUUGUGAUUAUGGAGAUCAAUUUGAUUUCUUUUUUUAUGAAGACAAUGAGAAGUAGAGAAGGAAGAAUAAGGGUUUGUCUUUUUAUCACUACCGUUAAUGGAGUUAGUGUUGCAAUUUAGUCUAAAAUCACAUGGAGGGACAUGUGACUAUUUUUAGAAGAAAAGGGAGUAAAAGUACUCUGGGCCGCUGCCACAAGUGAUAAAAUGGAUUUUGCCCUAUAUAUAUAUAUAUAUAAUGAGACAAAGAAUGACCUCACGAAUGAAUAAUUAAUCAUCUACACGUCUUUUAUUUAUCUAGGUGAAGGAAAGGAGGCCCAGGCUCCCAGUUUCAGCAACUGUACAAGGACAUAUUGGACACUACCCAUGGACCAUUAUCUUAUUGACUUAUUACUGGACCAGGUGCUAAGAGGGAAUAAAAUUGGGCAUGCAUUCAUAACUCAGGCUUGGAAUGUAAUGGUGAAGUCAUUCAAUUCAAAAUUUGGAUCUUACUAUGACAAAGAGGUCUUGAAAAGUCGCUAUAAACAUUUGAGGGAGCAAUAUAAUGACUUAAAGAUUCUUCUUGAUCACAAUGGGUUUUCUUGGGAUGAAACCCAAGAAAUGGUUACUGCUGAAGAGUAUGUUUGGGACUCUUAUACCAAGUGCAGGCAUAUCCUGAUGCUCAAUUGUAUAAAUUUAAAACUGCCCCAAGCUUCCACAAAUUAUGUGUCAUAUAUGGCGAGGAAGGUUCGAAUGGAAAACCUAGCAAUAUGGCUCACAGUGAAGACCUCGAUGAUAGUGAUUGUUCAAGGACAGGUUGGACACCUUCAAUGGACCGCUGUCUCAUUGACCUUCUGUUAAAGCAAGUGCAUAAAGGGCAAAUCAUUAAUCACAUAUUCGACGAACAAGUAUGGAUAGAUAUUGUGGCAGCAUUCAAUGAUAGAUUUGGAUCACAGCAUGACAAAUAUGUUUUGAAGGGUCAGUAUAAAAGUUUGAAGAAGUUAUAUCAGAUGUGAAGAAUCUGCUUGAACUGGGUGAAUUUUCUUGGGAUGAAUCAAGGCAAAUGGUCACAGGACCUGAUGAUGUUUGGGAUGCUUAUACCAAGGAGAACCCAGAUGGAACAUCAUUCAGAACAAAAACAAUGCCAAAUUAUAAUGAUUUAUGCUUGGUUUACGGAAAUUUGACUUCUGAAGGAAGAUGGAACCAAUUAGAUCCGUAUGUGGGCUUCAAUGGUGAUGGAAGGGAUUUUCAAGCAUCCCAAAAUGGCAGUUGUUUGAGGUCUGGUUGGACAGCACCUAUGGACCGAUAUUUUAUCGAUUUAAUGCUAGAGCAGAUCCGUAAAGGGAAUAUGAUUGAUCAAAAUUUCAACAAACAAGCUUGGGGUGAUAUGGUGGCGAAGUUUGUCGCAAAAUUUGGGUCUCAGCACCACAAAGAUGUUCUAGAAAGUCGUUUUGAGAAAAUGAGGAAUCUAUUCCAUGAUAUGAGAACUCUUAUUGAUCAGAGUGGGUUUGCAUGGGAUGAAAUGCAACAGAUGGUGACGGCUAGUGAUGAUAUCUGGGAUGCUUUUAUCAAGGAGCGUCCUGAUGCACAAUCAUUCCGAAGUAGAACUCUCCCAAACUAUAAUGAUUUGUUUCUGAUAUAUGGAAAUACAAGCACUAAUGGAAGGAGUGACCAUGCAAGUCAUUGUACCAAUCUUGAUGAUGGUGCCCUAAAAGUAAACAUUUAUCAGGAAGAUGACCAAUCCUCUUCUGGUAGUGAUACUUCGAGCAUUGCUUGGACAAAGCCAGUGGACAGAUAUUUCAUUGACCUCAUGUUAGGACAGGUGUUUGAAGGGAAUAGAGUUGAAAAUACCUUCAAUAAGCAAGCUUGGGUCUGCAUGAUCACAUCAUUCAAUGAGAAAUUUGGACUUCAGUUUGACAAAUGUGUACUGGAAAAUCGGUACCUAAGCUUGAUGAAACAGUAUGAUGACAUCAGCACUCUUCUCAACAAGAAUGGUUUUGCAUGGGACGAAAUAGAACAAAAAGUCACAGCUGACGAUGAUUAUUGGGAAGCUUAUAUUGAGGAACAUCCCGAUGCUGUAGCAUACAAAGAUAUAAUAUUGGAGAAUUACUGUGAUCUGAGCAUUAUUUUUGGAGAUGAGAUCCAUGAUGGAACGUCAAGUUAUCUGUGCCCAGAAAUGAAUAUUGAUGAUAAUGCCCUGGAAAUGGGGAUGGAUGGCAUAUUUGGAGCUCUGAAGUCCCCAGCUAUUGAUAAUGAAGUGUCUAAUGGGAGAAAAAGACGCCAAUCCACCACACCGUUAAGUUCAACACGUGGGAGAAAAAUCAAGAAAACCAGGGAGGAGUUGCAAGAAGCAGGUAGAAGUAAUACAGUGGACAGGAACUAUAGCUCAAUAGAAAGCAUUGUUGAUGCACUUCAAGCUGUACCUGACAUGGAUGAUGAACUCUUCUUGGAUGCUUGUGAUCUUUUGGAAGAUGAGAAUAAAGCGAAGGCGUUUGUGAAGAUGGACAUCCUGCAUCGAAAGAAGUGGUUGUCACGAAAUCUCCGUGCAUAAUUUGGGUUACUGUUUUUGGUUAUCUGAAGUGUAGAUAUGAUCAUAAUGUGUAUAUGAAGUAUUAAGACACAAUGUACAAGAGGAAACAGUUUUCAAUCAGCUUCCCAUUCCUUUCUAUCCUCUUCAAUAUCCACAGUUUCACUUGAUGUUCAAAUUGGUAGAAGAAGAAUGAGUUCACCUUCUUGUUGAUUCCUACUUUUUCUUUGCGUGUGUAUACUUUGUGCAAGUGCACGUUGUUUUCAAUCGGCAAUGGGCUACACAACAA